AUGGAAACUAUCGAAGUUGACGUCCUUAUUUGUGGUGGAGGCAUGUCCGGCAUGUCUUGCGCCAACCAUGCGACCGGAGCUGGCGCCAAGGUGCUUGUCGCAGAGAAGCAGGGCCAUGUCGGUGGCUCAUCUGCCUAUUCGGCCGGGAUGUUAGAACACCGAGUAAUGUUGAAUGCAGGCAUUAGAUACCCAAUUAAAAUUCCCGACUUAUAUCGCCUGCAUGCGAAACGAAUUAAAGAGAGCUCGACUAGGUCCAAAGUUUGGAUUAACACCAAAGUCAUCAAGCUCCUACAGCAAGAGCCUGGAGUCCCCGGUUCUCGUAUUACUAGCGCCAUCCUAGAGCAUACAUCUCCCGACGGAACACAAACAAAACUAGUCCAAGUUAAUACCAGAUGGGUGGUUUUGGCCACAGGAGGAUUUCAAGGAUCGUCUGAGCUCAAGGCGAGAUACCUUAGCCCCGGUCAAGACAACUUAUUUAUGCGGUCCAACAGUGGGUCUGUGGGAGAUAGCCUAAGGCUUGCAACAUCUAUUGGUGCUAACACGAGCCGUGGCAUGGCGACUUACUACGGGCACCUCUUGGCUGCUCCUCUGCGACAAGAGGAUGUUUCCCCAAAGGAGUAUCUUCCUUUGGCACAGUUUCAGAGCCGCCGGUGCCUUUUACUCAACGAGCGUGGUAAGCGGUUUGCCGACGAGACGACCGGCGAUGAGAUCAUCAAUCAGCAUUUAGCCAAGCAAGACAAUCGCCGAGGCUUCCUUAUUUUCAAUGAGGAAACGAGACUCAAGUAUACCACCAAGGCCCUCUUCCCCAAUAGCGGAGACAUUAACCGAGUCGAGAAAGCUCGCCAAAGGGGAUAUAAUGUUGCACAAUCGCAGUCAUUGGAAGGAAUACUCCAAGCUCUGGGUCAAUGGGGCGUAGAUAUUGCACAAGCACGGCAAACAAUCGAGCAAUACAACCGCCGCGUUGGUCUCGGCGACCGGUCUAUCAUCCUCGAUGCUUCUGUAGGCCGCGGAGGCGAGCCACCCAAGCCACUCAUUGAAGGAGAUGGGCCUUUUUGUGCCAUGGAAGUCCAGCCAUCGUGA